AUGACAAGGAAACAAUCUUUUGUUCAGGAUGUUGAAGAAGAAUCUGUUGGUAUCAAAACCGCUGAUCCUGCUCGAGGAGGUGCAGGUUCAAAGAGAAGCCGAGCUGCAGAAGUGCAUAAUCUAUCUGAGCGGAGGCGAAGGGAUAGGAUUAAUGAGAAGAUGCGUGCAUUACAGGAUCUCAUACCAAACUGCAAUAAGGUGGAUAAAGCCUCAAUGCUCGAUGAUGCUAUUGAAUACUUGAAGACACUUCAAGUUCAAGUACAGAUAAUGUCUAUGGGAGCUGGGUUGUAUGCGCCACCAAUGAUGUUUCCUGCAGGAAUGCAACACAUGUCUGCCGCCUAUAUGCCACAAUUUUCUCCGAUGGGUUUAGGGACGGGAAUGGGUUUUGGGAUGGGUACACUUGAGAUGAAUGGUGGAUCCCCUGGCUGCUCUAUUUAUCCAAUACCCACUAUGCAAGGCGCACAUCUUUGCUCCCCACCAGUUUCUGGCUCCGCUACUUUUCCAGGAGUUGCUGGAUCUAACCUUCACUCUUUUAGGCAUCCUGGUCAAGGACUUCCAGUGUCGGUACCACCUGCACCUUUGGUUCCUUUGGCAGAGCAACCAUCAAAAAUCCAGCGGUGGGUUUAAAUGUCACAAGUGCAGGAGUUCAUACAGACAUAUGGAGUACUUCAACUUUGGACCCCCAAAACCAAGGACGCACUAAGAACUCACAUAUAAUGAAUAAUGCUUAACCGAGCUGCUAAAUCAAUCAAACUUCAAAUCAGGUACAAGCAACAAAUGAGGGUCUUGGAAAAUCAGCUUUGUUGCAGAAGAAUGACCAGCUCUGUGGUUUUAAUAACAGUGCAGCUAAUAACUUGACCAACCAAACAGAUGUGCUUUGAAAUAAACGUGGUGGUUUUGUAUGAGUAAUGACCAGUCUCAUUCCUGGUGAUCUACCGACUCCAAUGUGGUGAAAAAUAACUUCAUUAAUGAUGCUAAGACGUAAAAAUGACGUUAUAUGUGCAUGUAUAACCAGGAGAAUGACAGCAAGUGCUUCACUUAGCAAUCCUAUUGUUUAUACAGGUUCCAAUUAGUACCCGCAACUUAAUGUUGAUAGCAGAUUCACUUUCAUAUUGCGGAAAAAGAAGGAAGCCCGUUUUUACUUCCAACCAAAGCGAAUUUCUGACAAUUCUUAAUAGAAGGUAGUAUUAAGAGUUCCAUAAAAGCUAAUUUCUGUAACCACAGUGGGGAUGUAGCUCCACAGUACACUUAGCAAUCCUAUUGUUUAUCCUUCAAAUGUAUAUCCGAGAUAGCGUGAGAGCUCCUGGCCUUUCAAGUGUAUUAGACAUAUAUAAACUAGUUUUUUUUAAUGUAAUAAAAGCUC